AUAUUAAAAAAAUUAUUUUUUUAUUAAAAAAAUUUAAAGAAAAUAAAAGUUAUUAAACAAAAAAACCAAAAUGUUGUGCUGUAAAAAUAUCAAUACCCAUCUUAUGGCAUUUACCGCCAUUACUUUAUUUGGAUUUAUAUCUGCUCAGGCAGUUGGAUCGAAGGAUCUAUUUAGAUGCCGCCAAAGUUGCUAUCAAAAGUUUGUUCAAGAUUGGCAUCAUUGUAUGGAUUUCGAGGAUUGUAAAAAUAUGUGCAUCACGCCACCUAAUAUCAAUAGUUAUAUCCCAGAAGCAUUCAGUUUUCUGUGUUGGAAUAAUUGUGAUCAACAAUUGGGUCCGUUUCCCUUAAAUAUCAAUUCAGCUUUGCGUCAGGGUUCCUUGGUGAUAACAGACAUUGCUUGGGAUCAAGCCAUCACGAAUGCAUCAAAGCAAUGUUUAGUUACUUGGGAGGUCUCUGGAGGCGGUCUAAUGGGCAACCUAUUGACUGAUAGUUCUACUGUUGAAUUAUCCCUCUGGUCAGAUACAGUAUAUCACGUACAAGUUACGUGCAAACAUAAGGAAACUGGUGGCAUGCGUAGAUCUUUCAAAUUGAUUGUGGAUACCCAUAAACUAGGCGAUAGUUCUGCCACCGGCAUGCAAGCCAUUGCUAUGGAUUCUACAUUUGGUAGCAAAAAUCUACCCCACAUCUAUGGUGCUGAAUCGGUGCCCUCUACUUCAGGAGAAACUGACUCGAGAAUGCGUAUUUUAAAGGAUAGUUCCAAAGAUUUCCUGACACCCUACAAUCCUAAUGUAAAUACCAAAACUAGUUCCAGCACUGCCUCCAGCAAUGUUAAAACUCCCAAUGCUGCCGCUGCAUCGGCUGACGAAAAUGAGGUAAUCCCCAGCUUAAGUGUUAAACGUACAAAACUCAUUGGUCUGCCAGCAGUAACAGAAUCUUCCAGUUUUCUAACCCAAACCAUGGUAUUUGCUGUUGUCGGUUCAAUAGUCUUAUUUUUGGGCAUCAUUAUCUUGUACCUUAUCAUGCGUCCUACACGCAAACAAAUUUCAGUCAUUGAUAAGCAAGUGUUAAUACAAACCGAAGUGCUGCCCAGCAAAUUGCCCCUGAAUCCAGCGUCUGUACAGAGUACAGCAACAUUGUCACCCCUCAAUGAUCAACGUACCACAUUACAUGUGUAAAUUUAGGUGUGAUUUUUUAAGACUAAUUUUUGUAUAGUUGUGUAAAUAUUUUAGGGAUUUUUUUUUAAUAUUAUUUUUCUCACUUUUUUCGAGUGUAUGUGAUCGUGUAAAUACAACAUAGUAAGAAAUUUAAUUAUAGUAAGUUUACUUUUAACAACUCAAAGUGUAAAUAUUUAUUUUGCUUAAUUUUACGUUUUAAGCUUAAAUCGUGUGUUAGAGUGUGCGAAUGAGAGUGUGUUAGUGAGUAAACUAAAACUGAAGUUUUAUAUUGAAGUUAGUGUAGAGUAGGAGAAGAAAAGAGCGAUUUGGCCAAAUUUACCUGACAGUGUUAAUUUAUUUGCUUAAACUUUAAAAGCUUUUUGUUGAUUUAUUUUUUAAGUCUAAAUAUAUAAAGUUAAGUCUUAAAAACAAGGUCAGAUCGUCCCCCCUUCAUACUUAAGCAAGACAGACAAACCAACAAACAAACAAAUAAUAUAAAAUGCUUCAGUUAAUACCUUUAACAAUUUAAUGUAUUUAUUUAAAAUAUAAAACAAACAAACCAAUAACAAUAAAAUAAAGAAAAAAAUAAUUUUCAACUUAAAGUGAGUGAGAUUUGAGAAAAGUGUUAAAAAAUAAACUAGCAUGUAAGAUGUCUAGUCCUUUUGUGUAAGAAUUAUUAAAAGAAGGUCUCAAUGAAUGAGAGUAAAUGAAUGAAUGUUUAAAAUGUAUUUUUAAUUUAUUUUAUAAAACCAUAACAAAGAAAAUCUUUUAAAUAAAAGUUUUUCAUUUGUUUUUCUUAAGACACGCUUACAAAAAAACUCCCAGUGUAAAAAAAAUUGUAUGUUUGAUUUAAUUUUCAAAUCUUUAGUUCUUGUUUUUUCAAGCUUUUUGAUUUUAGAAAUUUUUGAUUUUUCUAUUAGCAAAAAAAACACAUUUUUCUUUUUGUAUUGUAUAAAUUUAUCAACAACACAUGAAAAAAAUCAAAAAUAUCUUCCAGUCAAAAGCAAAUUGAAGAAUAUUGUAAAAUAAGCCAACUGUCUAGAGAUAUCGAAUCAAAUAAUCAGAUUAGCAUAAAAUUUAUAGCAGUUUAUAUAUAUAAAAAAAUUUAAUUUAAAUAAUAUAAUAAACUAAAAUAAGGAUAAUUAAUUUUAAAUCAUGUAAAUAUCAGCCAUACAAAACAAACGGUAAAAUGCAACUCUUUUGUAACAAAAAAUACAAAUUAGCAUAUAAAAAAAUAAAUAAUUUAAUAUUAUUAAUAAUAACAAAAAAGCAAAAAGAAAAACAACAAAAAUUAUUAAUUUAUAUAAUGUCUGCGUGUGUUUCAAAUAAAGUCAAGCAAUCAUCAAUAAAAAUAUAAAUAAAAUAAGAAACUAAACAAAACAAAAUAAAACUAAUAAAAAACCUAAUUUUUUAAAUAUUAAAUCUGUAACUAAAGAAAAAUCUGUUAAAUUUCUUAAACAACGAACAACUUUAAUUUUUAAGUUCGUUUGAUUUCUUUCACUAUUUCCCUAAAGGAGGCACACGUUUAAAGACUGAUAUCCUUAAAUCCUAAUUUGUAUUUCUUUCCCUCUAAAGCUCUGUUAUUUCACUACUAAUCUUAUAUUAUAACAUUUUUUUUGUAAUCUAAAUUUAUCCUGAAAAAAUUGUUAUUGAAUUUAUGUUUAUUUUUAUGUUAUUUUUUUCUUAACUAUCUUAAUUGACUUGGCUAUCAGGCUAAGAUAGGCUUAAUUUAUAUUAACUACACAAUUCUAUUAUGAAAUUAAAAAAAAAACAAAAUAAUAAUAAAAAAUGAAAAUUUAAAAUAAA